AUGAAAAUCAUUUUACUUUUUCUGAGUAUUGUUGUAGUACUACUACACGCAAAACAAUUAUUUCCACGAAUCUAUGAUAAUGAUUUAAAACAUAGUGCUGAAUUAAAAAAAUUUCAUCAUACUUGGAGCGUCGACAAAGGAGUUUCUUUGAAUGAUAAUUUAUUUAAUUCAAAAGAAUUUGCUCACUAUGAUGGUGUCUCUAUUCCCCAACAAUAUUUUACAACAGGAUGUAAUGUUCCAGGAUAUACAGGUGCUCAUUGUGAAUUUCCAAUUUGUGAUAUGCCAAGUAAACCUGAUUUUAAUGGUGCUCCUGAAAAUGUAAUGAUUGAUUUUGCUUUAUAUCCAACAUGUAAUCAAACAAUGCCACUUUUCAUUGAUGACCAUAUGUUUCAAUUUUCAAUUGAAAUUCAAACAUCAGGAUCAUAUAAUCCAUUUGCUACUUUAUUUAAUGCUACAGGAUACCCUGUAGUUCCAACAAAUUUUGAUAAUUCUGAUCCAAAUAGAUUGAUAUUAGUUUAUGAUAGACAACCAUCAGGUAUUUAUCAAAUAUAUCCAGAAUCAGAUGUUCCAAGUACAGGAUGUUAUGUUCAAGUUUAUGGUGUUUCUCAAAUGAAUAUUUACUUAGGUUUUGUUCAAUAUACAGGAAAUAAUAGAGAUCCAGAAAGAAGUGAUUUUCCUAGAAAAAAUGUUAAUCUCAAUACUUUAAAUCUUAUUACAGCUCAUCCACAUAAUUUAGAGUCACCAGGUUCUAUUGCUGCCAUAACAAUUUAUCAAUCUUAUAAUAUGCUUUCACAUCCUCAACCAAUGAAUCUUAGAUAUGGUUGUAACUAUGAAUAUUAUUUAAAUGCUUUACAUUGUUCACAAACAGGAGAUUAUUUCGCAAAAAUUGAUGGGUAUGAUUUCUUUGGAAAUAGUUUUAGAAGAGUUGUUAAUUUUAAAUGUGAAAUUGAUCCAAAUCCCGUACCUACUACAACAACAACUAUAUCUCCACCUGUUACUGCUUGUAAAAAUAAUGGAACAAUUAUAAGUAAUGGAAAUUCCUCAUAUUGUUAUUGUAAAGGUCUCUAUACUGGAAAUGAUUGUAGUCAGACAAUUUGUUUGAAUGGUGGAACAGCUUUAGGCAAUGGACUUUGUAUGUGUCAAGCAGGAUAUACAGGUGAUCAAUGUCAAGAUAUUCGUUGUACUGAUGAUUCUGGAUUUAAUUUCCCUAAAGAUUACUCAGUACCAGUAUUUGUUAUUCGUGCUAGAAGUCAAUUAAGUACAAUUGUUAAUCAAAUUAAUACAAAGUUAGGAGUUUUAGCUGAUAAAUUCCAGUCUGAUCCAAAAGCAUUUCAAAAUUUUGGUUUAGUUACUUUUAAUAAUAAUGGUUCUACAUUUGAUGGUCAAUAUUAUACUUCAAUUGAAGAUCUAAAAGCAGCUUUAUUAAACAUAGCCAAUACUCAAGAUAAUUCUGGUGAUUGUAUGGAUACAACGUUUUCAGCUAUGAAUUAUGCUUUCAAUAGAUUUAUUAUGGGAAAUCGUUCACCAAUGUAUGUCUUCACAGAUGCUCUCCCAUCUGAUCCAGAAUAUUUACAAAAUGUUAUAGAAUUUAAUUCUUUUAUUCUUUCUCCAAUUUAUAUUUUCCAACUUGAACCAACUAAUACACAAUGUCAAUCUCUUGAUUUAUUCACACCAGCAUGGAAUGCUUUGCAAUCUGUUUCAGCCAGAUCAUCUGGUAAUCUUUUCUGGAUUGGAAGUAACCAAUAUAGUAAUGUUGGAGAUCUUUUCUAUGCUCAUAUGUAUAAUACAUAUUAUGGAAGUGAUCUUAUGCUUGCAGAUGAUGCUGAUGAAUGUCUUAAUCAACAAAAAUAUAGUACUGUUUCAAUUGAUUCUGCUUUUGAAAGACUUGUUAUUGUUGCUUCUGGAAAAGAAUUAGAUCUUAUUCUUACAUCUCCUGAAGGUAAAUUUGUUCAACCAAACGUAGCUAUUUCAUUGAAUUUUACAAGUAUAUGGUUGUUGGAUGGCCUUCAAACUGGUCAAUGGCAAAUUAAUCUCGUUUCUGGAGAUCCAAAAUUCCGUUGUUCUAUUAGAGCUUAUUCUGCUGUUGCACCAGAAAGAGCUAGUAUGAUGCCACAAAGAAAGUUAUACUGGGGAUGGACAACUGGUCUUAAUUAUGAUGCACCUUUAAGACAACCACUUGCUGGUAUUGAAAAUAGCAUGGUAUUACAUAUAGAUGGUGCUAGAAUAGCAGAAAGACAUAGACUUUCUGCUGAAAUUGCUAUUUAUGAACGUCAUGAUACUGGAAAAGUUCUUAGUUUUGCUGCAAAUGGUCUUUGGAGAGAUGAAUGUCAAUUUGAAAUUUAUUUCCCAAAAUAUACUUGUCAUCAUAGAGAUGAAACAUUAUACUUUACUGUAUUUUUCCGUGACGAUAAUGAUUUUAUGAUUCAAAGAGCUGGUGCUAUGUAUUGUGCUGCCUUCCGUCCAACACAAGUUCCACCAGGUACAUGUCAAAAUGGUGGAUUUUCAUUAAACAAUACAUGUAUUUGUCCACCAAUGUAUACAGGAUCAGUUUGUGAAACACCAGUAUGUUAUAAUGGUGGAACUCCUCAAAGAGAUUUUUGUGCAUGCGUACCAGGUUUUGAAGGUACAUUCUGUGAAUUUAGUACAUGUAUUGCUACAAAUCCAGAGAAUGAUUUUGGUGCAUCAAAUAAAUCUAUGGUAUUUAUUCUUGAUGUUUCAAAUAAUAAUGCACAAGUUUUACAACAACUUCAAACCUAUAUGACUGAAAUGCUUAGAGAUAUUGCUUCAACAGGAAGAUUUUGGAUUAAUGAAUUUAAUGUGCUCGGUUAUGAUCAAAGAAAAACAUAUCAUCUUGGAAAUGGUAAAAGACAUCAAAUAGAUGCUAUUGCUACUGCAUUUAGUCAAGCGUAUAAUAUUUCUCUUCAAAAUACUGCAAAUUGUGAUACAGUUAGAUUUUGGGAAACAUUAGAAACUGCUAUUUACCUUUCAACAAACUAUGGUUAUAUUUUUAAUUUCCAAACAUCACCACCUUAUGAAUCAGUUCCUGAAAUAAUAACACGUACUUCAGAUUUCAUGGCUUCUAAAGGAGUUCAACUUAACUCUUUCAUAGCUUCAACUGCUAAAAAUGUUUAUGCAUGUAAUUCUAAUAGUGAUACAUUUAAAAAUGUUAAACUUGUUUCUGAAAGUACAGAAGGUGAUGCUUUUGAUAUUGACCCAAAGAAUUUCCAAAAUAUUUUGACUUUAAUACCAACAUUUUAUAGAUCUGGUGUUAUUUACAAAAAAGUCAUGAAUGAUUGUACUUCUGGUUGUUAUCUUUAUUAUCCAUUAGAUUCACAUACCCAAAAUUCACAACUUUUUAUUAAUGGUGCUCCAGGUCAAAUUUCAACACAAAUAUUUAUGCCAAAUUUAACAUCACUUACUAAUAUGCCAUAUCUUUUACAAGAUACAACCACCGGUUGGAGUAUAAUCGAAAUGAGAAGAGCAUGUCCUUCUGGUUGGAAUGAUCUUGGAUCACAAUAUUGUUAUACAAGUGUUUCUACUCCUAUGUCAUGGACAGAUGCUAAAACUUAUUGUCAAAAUAAUAAUGGAUUUUUAAUUGAUGACUUAUCACCAUUGAAAAAUAAAUUCCUUAUGAAUCAAAAUAUUGGUUCAUUUUGGAUUGGGCUCAAUGAUUUACAAGUUUUAGGAAGUUAUCAAUGGGAUAGAGGUGUUUUAGAACCACAAGUUUUAGCACCAAAUGAUUUUACAAAUUGGGCUAUGGGUGUUAAUUUAACUAAUCCAUCGCAAAGAUGUGCAUAUAUGUCUCAAGCAUGGUAUCUUGAUGAUUGUACUACUAAAAAACAAUUUAUGUGCCAAUCCCAUAAAUUCAUGGAUUCAUUUGAUCCAAAUCCAAGUGAAGAAAGAGUUCUUCCACCAGGAAAAUGGAGUGCUAUAAUUACAAGUCCAGGAAAAACUAUUGUACAAAUUAAAUCACAAUCAAAAAUUCAAUUGGUUGCUGGAUAUUCUACAAAUGUUCAUGAUGAUUUUCCAUCACCAAAUCCACAAUCUGGUACAUCACAAAAUAUGAUGUUUGCUCAUAUUACUUCUAUGGGAUCAAUUGCUAGAACAACAGCAUUAGUUAAUACUCAAAUUUACGAUUUUUACAAUGGAACAAUGUACGCUGCUGCCAACUUCCAAUUAAGAAUAAAAUGUGCAUAUCAAUUUGUGUCUGAACCAUUUGCUUGUCCAAAUUCUCAAGCUGUAAAUAAUGGAUUUUCUUCUCUUAGUAAUGGUUUUGAUGAAUAUGGAUUUACAUUCCAAAGAAUGAAAGCUGCUCAUUGUGUUAAUGCUCUUACUUCAUGUAGCAAUGGUGGAAUUUUAUAUGAUGGUUUGUGCGUUUGUAAUGAAUAUUGGACUGGACAAUUAUGUGAUCAACCAAUUUGUGUAAAUAAUGGAACAUUAUCUGAAGAUAGAAAAUCAUGUAACUGUCCAGUUGGAUUUGAAGGUAUUGCUUGUGAAAGAGAAGUAUGUACAUCAAAUUCUCCAGACCACACAAAUCAAUAUGGUAAAUCAUUUGUUCUUGUAAUUGAAAACACCAGUUUUAAUAUUAAAGCUAUUAAACAAAUUCAAUCAACUUUACCAACAACUUUAUCUUCCGUAAAACAAGGAUGGUUUACUCAAUAUGUUAUUGUAGUUGUUGAUUCAUUUAACAAGCCAUAUCUCAAAAUUUCAACUACUAUUAAUGAUUUUAAGGCUGCUCUUAUUGAUGUUAUACCUUCAGAUUCAACUACUGCAUGUGAUAUUCCAUUAUUUAAUGCUAUGACUAUGGCAUUACAUCAAGUAAAUUCUGCAAAGAGUAUAUUCUACACAGUUUCACGUGCUAUGCCAUCAGAUUUAAAUCUUGAAAUAGCAUUUGCAACACUUGUUGCUCAAAAACAACCACAAUUUUAUUAUCAUGCCAUAACAGGAGAUUCUGGAUGUAAUGUUGAUUUUACUUAUCCUAUUACUAACAGAUUACAAAAAUACACUAUUGCAUCAGGCGGUAACUUCAUUGCUACAACUGGAGCUACAGCUGGAAGUUUGAUGUCAGUUUAUAUUCCUCCAAUGUUUUCUGGUGGUGUAUUAAGAAAUCCAACAUUAAUGACUGGAACAUGUAACUCUUCAAAUUUGGUAUACUUCCAUAUUGAUUCAGCUGUUACCGAUGUUUUUAUUACAAUGUAUUCAACAUAUCAAUCAGCUUCUGUUAUUUCACCAUCAGGUCAAAUUGAAGUACUUAAAGUAGUUUACAAAGAUACUAAUAUAACAUCAGGACCUAAAUUAUAUGUUUAUCAAGUUUCUUCUAUUGUUGAAUUUGGUAUUUACACACUUAGUAUGAAUGGUGUUGGUACAUGUUAUGUUCAAGUAAAAUCAACUGGUGGAGCUGAGAUAUAUGUUGGUUAUGUUCCAACACCAUCUUCAACAAAUUAUAUUGGAUCACAUUUGGAUAAUAGUACUUCUACACCAUUAAAUGAUUACAAUAUAAUUGUUGGUAAAGUUAUUAACGAUCGUGCUGUAAUUAAAUAUGCUGAAAUUCUUGAUACAUAUACAAAUGAAUUACAAUAUAUUAAAUUUUAUAGACGUUCAAAUUGUACACAUAAUUUGUAUUCUGAUCCAUUCAAAUGUUCUACCGGUACAUUAUUAAUCAAGUACUUUGGUAACGAUAUUUCUGGAACGCCUUUUACACGUGAUAGUUUUACACUUUGUCUUCAAAAUGGUAUUCCAACGCCAUCUAUACCUACAAUAAUUCCACCAAUCAAUACAACAACUCCAAUAAGUUCAAUGACAACAACAACAACAACAACUCCAACUCCAUCUAGUUUGAAGACAGAUGUAGCAAAUGUUUAUUUAAUAAUUGAUACUUCUAGUGCUGUUCCAAGUUCAAGUUAUGCUGUAAUAUUUUCUAAUUUUAUAGCAAGCAUUUUUGUUCAAUAUAAUAUUAAUCCAAAAUAUAUUAAUAUUGCACUUUCAGGUUCACCAGGUGACAAUAAUAUAUGGUUAACAAAUCCAACUUUCAAUACUUAUACAUCAUUAGGUAUGCUUAAAAAUAUUAUUAAUUCAACAUACUAUCCAAUUGAUGGACCACAAUCAUCAGGACAAAGUCAGUUGUCACAAAUUUUAGGUCAAGCUACAAAUAACAACUUUUUAAGUACUGGAUAUACAUCAGGAUCUAUUCCUCAUCUUAUUUUUUACAUUACGACAUCUUCAACACCAAAUUCAGAUGCUAUUAAUGUUGGUCAAACAAUUAUUAAUUCAAAAACUUUCCAAAUUAUUUCAAUUGCAUAUGGAAAUAAUUUAGGAAAUGUUAAUAGUUUAAGUUCAAUGUCAAAUUGUGUAUACAACCCAAUGAUAAUGAAUGACUUAAAUACUUUAGCUGGAACUAUAUCAAAUAAGAUAAGUAAUGCAUAUAAUAACAACGGUAUAUAUGUUUGUUAA